CUACCUGGAUAUGUACCCAAAGCUUGGGGACUUAUUGCUAUAGUUUCCCAAUUACGAUAUGUUUAUUUUUCCCGUCACCAACAGUGCCUCCUGGCCCAUGUCCUCCUAGCAAAGAGCACAAAGAAAUAUAUGACACCGAGACGUCCAGGAGAAUCCCUCCUUAUCCUAGAGCCAAGACUUAGAUUCCAAGAACGCCGUAAUCAUGCCCAAGCAAACAUCGGCCUCCCAACAAAGGACAAGUAGGUUCCAGCCGGAACUUAUUGAGACCUCAUCACGCAGCUCCAAAGAAGGUCCAUCAAACAGUCAAACUGCACAAGCUCGAUUAGCUAGCCAACGGCACUCAGACAGACAAAGAACAUUUACAGAACGCAGAGAGCAUCCGAUCAAACUCUAUGAUGAUGCAGAAAGAAACCGUUCCCUGCAACAGAUAUGGUGCACAGAAAACACACAGGCAGUGGCCCUGCACGAACCGAGCAUACAAACAGCGCAAGAUUCCACCAAAGUCGGGUUCAGAAGGUUUCCACCACAGCUCAUGGAAACAGACACGCGCUCUUUUCGGCGAACGGACACGCUCUCUCAGGAAGGUCGUAAGCAAAAACCACAGCAAGAGGCUCUCAACCUUCUUACCGCGGUUGGCGAUGUCACGUACAUUCACAGACACUUGGCACAUGAAUCGCGAUUUUCAUACAUGGCCCUACGUCAGCGGCAAGAAACGAGGAGACACUCCUUUCGCAUCCCUAAUCUCCCUGCGAUUCCUUCUAGUUUCCCUGAAUCGCCUCAUAGAGUCGAGAAACACAACAAGGCAGGCCUGAACAAAUCCAUCAGCUUGGGAGACAAAAGCCCAGAACUUCUCUUUACUAUCGCAGCCAUUACAGCAGAGAAACAACUAAAAGAGCAGGCACUGGCAGCUUUUCCAAACGAACAAGAUCAUCAGCCCGUUGAUCACUUUGCAAUUGAUAGAGAAGACGAAGAGAUUUACAGCAAUGAAGUGACAAUUCCUGCUCACUUUGAUGUUUCCACUUCACGCGCUCAUCGACGAACAUCGUCAGCAGAUCUCUCAUGGGAACUUGAGUAUAUGCGCCGACACAAAGAAGAAGCCGAGAUGAGUGAUCGUGCAAUGGCCCGAACCAGAGGGUCGCCAUUCUCACCGAUGAAUGAUGUACACUCACUUGGAACUAAGCCGCAAGUCACGCAUCAAGACAAUCGAGUUAAAGGUCGUGAUCUAGCGACGGUGAAAAGCGACACCACUCCCCGAAUGCUCGGAGAAGAUCUUAUUUUCCCCCAGAGCCUGUCGCCCGAAUCGACAAUAUGUGAGGGCAGCAACAUUCAACACAACGUCACGCGCAAUAGGCUCUGUGGAUGCUCUGGUCUUUGGUACGGGCCUGCUGGUGCUCAUGACAGGCCCAGCAACGGCGGCCUUUGGAAGGGUACCUGCCAACCCCAAAAUCCGCAACAGACUCAAUCACCGCAACAAUCAGUUGUAUGCCCUGUGCCACAAAGAUACAAGACAUCUACACUCCAGCCAAGCGAUGCAGAUCAUGCAAGGACGAAUCGGCCAACCCAGCGCGGUCCAGGGGAAAUUACUCCGACUAUCUCUAUGGCAAACCAAGACUUCCGUCACGAACCUCUCGAGUCAGAGUUGCACGACGGUCUAGUCACCCAGAUAUAUAAUUAUCUUUCGCUGGGUUAUCCCUGCGUCGCCCGUUAUUUUGAUCACGAACUUAGCAGGAUCUCCGGCAUAUCGGUUGCAGAUUUAAGACAGGAUGAUUUGAAAUCAGAUGCGAUGGGGCACGUCGGCGUUUCCGACAGUCUCUCUAAAGGCGCAGACACCUCAACAGGCAUCUGCAUGCGCUGGAGGGCCCUACAAUUGUACAUCCUUGACUGGGCGAGGGAGAGGCAUCGGACCGGAUACCUUGACAUGAAUGGAGAACAUGGAGCAUGGGGUGUAUGUGAACGAAAAGGGAGCUGGGCUGUCUAA